UAUGCGAAAUGCCCCUCUCUUUGUUUUAAAAACAAUUGCAUCUCAGUGCCCUUUUGACAGCAAUAAGAUUUAAUCAUGUUUACACAUUUUAAUCAGAAGAGAAACAAAAAGAUCAUUCAGCUUCUAAUCUAUCUACUCGCCUUUUAUGAAAAUGCAGAGACUUUAACAGAUCAACCAACAGAUUUGGGACAGCAUGUGACCAUUAAAUGUGAUCUGGAUGAAGAUGAGGUUUAUUGGAUAUUACUGAAUCUACCAAAUCCUCCAAUGACGAUUUUGCGCUCAUUUUCAACUUCUGAAACACCUUUCUACUACAAUGAGACAUUCACACACAAAUAUUCAUUGCAAUCUAAACACCUGCUAAUAAAAAAUGUUCAUGUAGAAGAAUUAGGAGUUUAUUACUGUAUGAGCACAGGAAUAUUUCCAAAAUUUUGCAACGGCAUCAGACUACACGUUAUUGAACCAACUCAGCAAACUCAGUUCACUAAGUGUCAGAAUCACAGUGUAAUACAUUAUAUUCAGCAAAAUUACACAGUGAUGAAUAGUAUUGAACAGAAUCGGACACAUUGGAAGAUUAUUAUUCUUAUAUCUGGUGUGUUGAGUGCUGUCCUGGUCUUUGUGGCCAUUGGCAGUGUAUGUCACUACACUCGAGAACAUUUUAAACAUCAAGAUCGGGAUUUACAUCAAACUACAUUUACAUCUGUAGAACAGAUAAAGAACAGUAUAAUGUAUACUGAGGUGGUUUUCUCCUCAAUGGGUGAAGAUUGAACACUGAAUCUCUGCUUUUCCACCAGAACCCAAAUCAUAAUCACACAAGUGUGCCAGAUCUUAAGGUUUAAUACAGUAUUAUUUGAUAAACAAAAUGAUCUCACAAAGUUCCCUGGGAUAGUCACAGAUUUUUUUGUUCAUUUUCCGUGUCAUUCUCACGGAUCUCUGCAUUUUUCUGUGGCCCUGCCAUGGACUUUUUUCAGUGGCAUUCUCACGGAUUGGUUACUCAAUUCCUUUUUCCUAUUUUCAAACCAUUUUCGCUUUGGUUUAGGGUUAGAUUUGGUGUUUGCAUUAGUAUGUCACUUUAAGUAUUAGUUUAUACUAUUUUUUCUGCUUUAUUCUUUUAUAUUUUCUAAACUUUAAACAAUUGU